ACCUGUCGCAAGUAGUGCCCCCUCCCCCCCUUCUGGCUACAUAAGACGUGUGACAUACAUCGGUUGUUAUGGGUGGCGUGUUCGGCAAGAAGAAGGAUGGUGAUGGUGGGAACAAGUCCAACCACAACGACAUGGAGAUCACCGCCCAUGACCGUGCCGUCCUCGACCUGAAGAACCAACGGGACAAGCUCGGGAGGCAGAAGAAGAAGAUGGCGGCCAACAUGGAUCGGCUGCAAGGAAUGGCGAUGGAGCUGGUGCGGAGCAAGCAAAAGACAAAGGCGCUGCUGGUGCUGAAGAAGAAAAAGGUGAUCGUGUCAAACAUGGAGAAGAUCGAAUCCAUGCUCGACAACGUUCAGGAGCUCGUCGACUCGCUCGAGUUUGCCGCCCGCCAGGCAGAGGUCUUUGACUCGCUGCGGACCGGCGCCGACGCGCUCAAAGACAUCAACGCCCAAAUGGACAUUGACGAAGUUGAGCGCAUCAUGGACGACACCCAGGAGGCCAUCGAGUACCAGAACGAACUCUCCAAUGCCCUCGCAGGCAUCCUCCAGCCCGGUGAAGAGGAGGAUCUCGAGGCUGAGCUCGACGCGCUCAUCCUGGAUGAGGCCGCAGACAUGCCGUCGGUGCCUGUCGCUGAGCCCGGCGCCGACGGCAUCGAGGAGUACUCGUACGACUCGGACGUCGGCGUGGUUCCCGCCCGCUCGUCUGCUGCCCGCUCCUCGGGCCGAGUCGCCAUGGAGGCCUCGUAGCUGGUGCAGUAAAGCACGUCGCGUUCAAUGGCUCUGCA